AUGAGUAUUGAGUACUAUACAACAUUGAGAUGUUCUGUUACCCCACCAUUUGUCAACCCGGAGCCUUUUCUUCUUCUUCCCAAGGAGACUCAGCUCCACGUUGAUGUGAUUGAAGUCCCUCCGCAGAGUCCCCCUGGGGCCCUUCACAAUGACUGUGCGCCCCUUCAGAGUGAUUUCGACAUUCUCUGGAAUGUCCACAGUCUGAUUGCUGAGAAUGGUCUUCAUCCUCGCAGUAGAUGGGGCCCCACCGUCAGGACCAUCUGCAGUCAUGUUCAGAACAUGAUCAAAGGUGUCAUGCUGGGCUUCCGAUACAAGAUGCGGUCUGUGUACGCUCACUUCCCCAUCAACGUCGUCAUCCAGGAGAAUGGCUCUUUGGUUGAAAUCCGAAAUUUCUUGGGUGAAAAAUACAUCCGCAGGGUUCGGAUGAGGACAGGUGUGGCUUGUUCUGUCUCUCAAGCCCAGAAGGAUGAGUUAAUCCUUGAAGGAAAUGACAUUGAACUUGUUUCAAAUUCAGCUGCCCUGAUUCAGCAAGCCACAACAGUUAAAAACAAGGAUAUCAGGAAGUUUUUGGACGGCAUCUAUGUGUCUGAGAAGGGAACUGUGCAGCAGCAGGCUGACGAGUGAGGAGGCCUCAGUUCCUGGCCCCAGAAACGAGAUCCUGACCACAAGAACAAUUUGGGCUCUUUUGGGAGAAUAAAAGACUUAUAUAUUGAAAAAAAAAAAAAAA